AUUUUGUCCAUGGAAUUACGUUGGACGCAGUUACUCCCGCGUGUUUGAUGUCGCUUAGGUUCUGAAGUGCACGUGUUAUUCCUACUUAUAUAAAAAUGGCAGAAAGCGAUCAAAGUAAGAAGAAAAAUAAGAAGUCGCUUGGAGAAAUUCAAGCGACAAUGAAGUGUCAGCUAGAACCUUCUGAGGAAAUUGUAAAGCUUGAAUAUAAAGAUUGGCCACUUUUAUUUAAGAAUUUUGAUAGAAUGCUUACCCGUACAAAACAUUUUACUCCUUUAACGAGUGGUUCAACCCCCUUGCAUCGUAGUUUAUCUGAGUAUAUAAAAUCUGGAUGUAUUAAUUUAGAUAAACCUUGCAACCCUUCUUCACACGAGGUUGUAGCAUGGAUAAAGAGAAUUUUAAAAGUAGAGAAAACUGGUCAUUCAGGUACUUUAGAUCCUAAAGUAUCUGGUUGUUUAAUAGUAUGUAUUGAUAGAGCAACCCGAUUAGCUAAGUCACAACAAUCUGCUGGAAAAGAAUAUGUUGCAGUAUUUAAAUUACAUUCUGCUCCUGAAAGCCUUCAAAAGGUAAGUCAAGCUUUGGAAAAACUGCGUGGAGCACUCUUUCAACGACCCCCACUCAUAUCUGCAGUCAAGCGUCAGCUUCGUGUCAGAACAGUCUAUGACAGUUGGUUUCUUGAUUAUGACAAUGAACGCAAUAUGGGAGUCUUCAGAGUUAGUUGUGAAGCUGGUUCUUAUAUUCGAACUAUUUGUGUUCAUCUUGGCCUUUUCUUAGGCACGGGUUGCCAAAUGCAAGAAUUGCGUAGAAAUCGAUCUGGUGUUCAGUCUGAAAAAGAUGGAAUGGUUACUAUGCAUGAUAUACUUGAUGCCCAAUGGUUAUAUGAAAAUCAUGGAGACGAAUCUUAUUUAAGAAGAGUAAUCAAACCAUUGGAAGCCCUCCUUGUAAAUCACAAAAGAAUUAUUGUGAAAGAUAGUGCAGUAAAUGCUAUUUGUUAUGGAGCUAAAAUUAUGUUACCAGGUAUUUUAAUGUAUGAUGAUGGUAUUGAAUUAAACCAAGAAAUUGUAAUAGUUACUACUAAAGGUGAAGCUAUAGCUCUUGGUGUUGCAUUAAUGACAUCUCCCACAAUGACUGCCUGUGAUCAUGGUGUAGCUGCAAAAAUUAAAAGGGUUAUUAUGGAAAGGGAUGCAUAUCCAAGAAAAUGGGGUUUGGGUCCAAAAGCUUCCAUUAAAAAGCGUAUGAUAAUUGAAGGAAAAUUAGAUAAAUAUGGAAAACCAAAUGAAAACACACCUUCUGAUUGGCUAGCUAAUUAUACAGAUUACUCUGCAACUGCAGUUAAGACUGAGGAAAAUGGUGUAACUGAAACUGCUAAAAAACGCAAGUGGGAAGAAACAGUUCCACAACCGGCAGGAGAUGUUUCAAUAAAAGAAGAAAAAAUUGAAGAUCCUGAAACGGCAUCGCCAAAAGAGAAGAAGAAAGAAAAGAAAGACAAAAAGAAGAAGAAAAAGAAGGAAAAGGGAGAAAAAGAACCAGAAACGGAAGAUUCAGUAGUUAUGGAAAGUGAAACUUUGGAAUCGCCAGUAAAAGAAGAGAAAGAAAAGAAAAAGAAGAAAAAAAAUAAAGAUCAAGAAGCACCAACUUCAAGUUAAGAAAGUUUUUUUCUUUUAAAUAUAUGCAUACUGAAAG